AUUUAAAAAAAGAAGAAAAAGACAGGAGAGAGAACGUAUCCGAUGGCCACAAAGGUGGUUGUGAAUCUGUCCCGAUUCUCAAUUCAAUUAUCAACCAAUCAUGCGCGGUGCCGUCUUCCGUCGACCUUCCGGUGGAAGAAAUUUGGAUACGAAGGUAAUAAUAAUGGCUAUUAACUAUUGUUAUUUAACGGUUUAUGUAAUGUUGUACUCAUUUGUGUCAAUCAAUCGGGUUAUAUCAAUAGUUUGUUGUAGUUUCAUGUGAUAUAUAAUAUAGGCUUGUUGAUCACCGGUUUUCGUGGAAAUUAAGCGUAACCCACGUUUCAACGAUUUGCUUGUAACUCAUAAGAGAGAGAACGAUAUUGGUGUCGAUAAACUUUAAGUUUAUUAUUCGAUAAUCCGAACUAACGCGGAACUUACAAUAUAUAGAAGCAAAAACCCUACACCAGACCUAGCCGAACUCGCCCCCCUAAGAGACCCCCUCCUACUCGACAUCUAACUUGUUAACGACCUAGCUAAUUGUUAGAGAGUGCUAUAAGAUCCAUCAUAACCUUCUCCCAACAACUCGAGUUAUUGGGACCAACUGGUUUAUGACAUGGUAUCAGAGCUAGUUUGGCCAAGUGUUCGAAUCUCCAAUAUAACAAUUAAUUAAAGCACAAGGUAUGGUGGUCUGUGCAAACUUCAAGCCCGUAGAUUGGCUUUCAUUCGAGGGGGCGUGUUAGAGAGUGCUAUAAGAUCCAACAUAACCUUCUCCUCCCAAGCCCGCAUACUAUGUAUACCCAUCAUUCCUCCCCCUCCAAAAUCAAUCUUGUCCCGAAGGUUGACAAUCGUCACCCUCCUCCUCGAACAAAAGCAUGACCUUGGUCGUCCUACACUUGUGACCGAUGGUGAACCGGUCAUCACAAUUAAAGCACAGUCCAUACGCGCGACAGAGCUGUUGUUCCUCCCAGCUAGGGGUGUCAGUUCAGGUCGGGUUUGGUUACUCGAACCGAAACCCGAAAAACCCGAAAACUCAAAACCGAAAAUCACUGAACCCGAACCCGAUAAGGACUUGCGGGUUUCGGUUACCCGAAACCCAAAAAUUCCUUAUCGGGUUCGGUUAAAGCAAAACCAAAACCCGAACGCCUAAGAAUACGGGCUGAGUUCUAUUCAUUGGAGGUUUUAGCCGGAACCCGAAAACUCGAUAAACAAAACCGAACCCGAAACCAAAAAACCCAAAACGAACUCAAACCCAAAAAAACAAAAAUGUAUAUAAUCGGGUCGCUUUCAGGUAAACCCGAAAAACCGAACCCGAAUGGACACCCCCACUCCCAGCCGAGCAGCUUCCCUUGCCCUUGUCUACGCGUCGGGUUCGAGCCGCCCGUCGACACCGAGUUUGCAGCUAUCGGUGGUGCCAGCCCACUGUUGUAUCCUUGGUGCGCCGCUGCCGAAGCUCUCGGCGAUGGCUUUUGUCGCUGCCGGAAUCGAACAAGAGUCCGAUAGAUUAGCAUAUAUAAUAAGAGUCACGUCUUUAUCAACCCGCGGGUCGACCCGCGGGUUGACCCACUUUGACCCUGACCCGGUGAGAAAAACGGACCGCACGCACCCGCCGGGUCGAUUGCCACAAGGUAUCGGGUUGGAGGUCAAAUUGUGUCAUUUUUUUCUUUGUUUUGCGAAAUCCGCAUAUUUUCCGAUUUUUCUUUUCUCCUAACUCAAUCUUUGGAAUCCUAAGUUGAACAUUAAAAUAUUAAUGUUAUAUAAGUGUGUGUGAAUUUUCAUUAUAUGUUGAAUCUAAGUACGAAAUGUUAUUUUGGUGUAAUAUUAUAUGUUAUAACUCAUAUGUUAGAUGAGAUUUGAUAUAAUUUAUCAGGAUAAGUACAAUAUAAAUUAUAUAAUGACGCUUUCCAUAUUUCCGGGCUAAACCGGACUCAUAUGUUAGAUGAGAUUUGAUAUAAUUUAUCAGGAUAAGUACAAUAUAAUGACGCUUUCCAUAUUUCCGGGCUAAACCGGGCUAAAACGAGUGACCCAUUAACCCUUGACCCACUAGCUCAACCGGAUCCGGGUCAACCCGCGGGUUGACAACCUUGCGUCUGAGUAAAUGGUGCACAUGAUCUCUCGAUUUCUCCUCCCUGGGUCUCGGCUAAUGAAUUUACUUGAGGGGACGAAAGUCCACUGCCAGGGUUUUUGGACAAAAGGGAAAUUAUAAUACAUCCCCCACUUACCACGUUAUAACUUUAAUAAUAAUUAAUUUAAAAUCUGAUCAGUAAACAAAUACGUCUUCUGACAUGUUUGUUAAUCAAUUUGCAUUUUGCAGAAUGUUUAUUAGCACUACAGCUGCAGGUCAAUAUUAAACCACAUACACGUUUAUUACUUAAAUAUCAUUACCAUUUAGUGGUCGUGUAUAUUUUGACGUUGGAUUAAAUUAAUUAUUAGUUAAGUAAAUACAGAGCUUUCAAACUUUUCGAAUCCUUUGUUACGUAUCAGAACAGUAGCAAUUUGUCUGUUACCGUUAAUAAUUUGUUAUUUGUUUAUUAAUUAAAAUACUAAAACUUCGGAAUGUUGACCGUACUUGUCUUUUCCAACGUCUCUCCGUAUCAUAUUGUCAAUGGGGAUGGCAAUCAAACCCAUGGCCGCGGGUACCCGACCGCCCCCGACCCAGUCAACGCGGGGAAUCCCCGCUUUGACCGGGUAUGGGGCGGGUAUGGGUAAAACCCGCAAAAAGUUUGAUGGGUAUGGGGCGGGUAUGGUUUUAGCCUCCCCCGCCCCAUACCCACACCCAUACCCGCCCCACCAAGAGAAUUUCUUCACAUAUCAAAAAAUAUGUGGAUUAAAUUGUAAUCUAUCAAUGAUGAUGAUGAUAACUCGAGAAAAUAAAUAGUAGAAAUGCAAUUGAGUAACCACCUUAAACAAAACCUAAUUCAUUUCCCUCAAUUCUCCUUCCACUCUUUCACUUUCCCCCUUGUCAACAAGAUUAUGUUAGUUAAUUAUUACUUAGUAAAUGUAUCAAGAGUUAGAGCAUAAUAAUUUAAAAAUAUUAUAGUCUAUAUUAUGUAUUAAUGGAUGUUUUAGGAUCAUAUUCUUUGAAUCGUAUUUAGAAAAUGACCAUGUUUUGUUGACUUCAUGAUAUAUAGGUUUAUUUAUGGUUAUAAUUAAAACUUUUCUUGUAAGUUUUAGGUAUAAUAAUGUUGGAUGUACGGGGAUGGGUAUUACCCAUGGGUACCCGAAACCCACGGGUAUGGGGAUGGGUUUCCAAAACAUUCCCCGCAUGGGUAUGGGGCGGGUAUGGGUUUGGGUGUUUGAAGAUGGGGAUGGGGAUGGUUUAGGCAAACCCGCCCCAAACCCGCCCCAUUGCCAUCCCUAAUUGUCAAAUCGGCAUUAUUAACAAAAUUGCUAACAUGGAAGUGACAUUUGACUAAUAUUUUGUAUUUCAAAAAAAUUAGAUAAUAAUUUGGUAAGUUCAUAAAAUUUAGACAGUUGGCUAAUAUAGCUUAUUAAUUUGU